AUGGCUUUCUCAAGCAGACAAACUUUGAGUGCACCAGCCGAAGAGCUAACAAAUGCUAUCCUCUAUGUGGAAAACCAUCAGCAGAGCGAGACGCAUACUUCGAGCGCUGGGUCAGCCACGCUCUUGCUGACGACACCACGAAUGCAACCCUAUUUCGGAGCAAAUACGACAAGAGUGGCAGUUGGGACAAAGCUGGAUCCUUUUUGCAUAUUUAAAGGUUCCUCAGGGCGUUUAUUGGAUAUGAUAGAGAUUAAAUGGGAAACAGUGGAGAAAAGGGUGCAGUACCAAGUAGACUCAGAAUUUUGUGCACCAUAUACGACUUUGGUUCAGGCAAGUGGUACUGGAAAGAUGAAGCUUCUACAUAAGACAGCUGAAAGUGUGAAAGCUGUUUACUGCUGUCUUCGUGAGGAGAACUCUAGUAGCCACCCUGCAAGAUCUUACAUUGCAAACAAACUUCUUGGUAAAUCUAAAGAUGCAAAUAGUGUUAGCAUCUGUGGUACACACUUGGCAUAUCUUGUGGCAUGCAUUGAGCAUUUGCAGCAAUCUGAGGCAGUCACAAGUCUUGGUUUCAAUACAAAAUCAACACAAGAAGAGUUUUGGAAGGUUAUUGAGUCAUGA